GUGAGAUCUGCAAAUCGUGGUUUACCGUGCGAAAUGGUUUUAAGGUGUCGACAACAGACUGCACGAUCAGCUACAUGAGGUCAGGCGGCUGAGAACUUUGUUCAGCCAAUGGGUCUUAGUGUUUUAGCAACUGAGAAAAACUGUAACUGAUACUUUUUCCAAUAAAAAGCAGCAGAAGAACACAGAGUCAAGUGGAGCACGACAUAAACAGCAGUGCGGUGCGGUCAAUUGAAACAGAGCAGAAAAGAACAGAAGACAGUAGAGUGCAGAAUAGAGCAGAAUAGAGCAGAAUAGAGGAGUGCACGUGGACCAUUGGACUGAGCAGUAAAACAGGAUAAAACAGAGUGCAGUGUUGUGAGGGGAAGAAUAGAGGACAGUAGCUUCUGAAACAGCAGAAGAGAAUCCGCUUCAGUGCAACAGAAGACAGUAGAGCACGCUGUGGACCACUGAGCUGGCGUGAAAAGUAGAAUAGGAAAAAAUCGAUUGAAUCCGUCAGUUUGACGUCACAGACGCUCUUCCGGGUGUGAGGUGGUUCUUCAGCUGACCGAUUAGCAGCCACAGGUGUGUCGUUAUUAAUGUGCUGGAUCAUGACCACGCCUACAGCAGUGUGGGAAGGCAGAUCAACAGGAUAGUACCUUUCAGACUCAUGCCUUCACAUGUUGAACUACAGGAUUUCAACUGAAGUGUGAACGCAUGAGAGAAAGCCCUGGACAGUGAAUGGAAAAGAGGAAAAGAAGAAGGAGGGUGAAAGGAACCAAAGAGAGUUUUUAGAAUAAGGACAAAAAAGGUGAAUAUGAAUUCGGAUCCUGGAGUCACAGGGCUGGAUUCCUCCUGGAAUCCCAGCGAUGAACCAGUUAAGAGCUCUGACCAUCAGAUCCAGGACCCGGAGCUGGAUCCGGUGCUGGUUUGGGUUCCCAGUGGGAGGCGUCUGAUCUCUGGUCUGCUGGGUCUGAAUGUGGUGCUGCUGGGAGCGGCCCUGGUGGCCGGAGAGGCUUUUAACCCUGAGGGCCUGAAGCACCAGGAGCCCCAGGUGUUCAUGCUGCUGCUGAUGGCGGUCAGUUUGGUUUGGAUGCUGUGGUACCUGGUGUGGGCCAGGAAACAGCCCGGCAUCUGCCCACAUAAAGACCACCACGCCGGGGGAAUCACCGUCACCUUGGUCCUGAUCCUUUUUGCUGCAUUCAGUCUGCUGCUGUAUAUCUGCAGGACUGGUUAUUUGAUCAGUAUGAGGGAGUGUAAGCCUGCGGCUGAAGUGCUCGCUCCAUUCAUCGAGGCUCCUUUUCUCGCGCUGCAGACAUAUUUACUGUGGACUCACUCCAAAGACUGCAUUCAUAGACACAAGAUAAUCACCAGGUCCGGGCUGAUGGUGAUCCUGUCGGCCGACCUGCUGCUGUGGCUGAACGCAGUCACCGAGGACACCAUCCACGAGGAGAUCGAGUUAGAAAAACAAGACAGGCUCGAUUUCAGCAACACAAACGCCUCUGAAGCAGACAACGCUGAUUUAGCAGGAAUGACCAAUUCGACCAUCUGCCAGUGCAGUGCAACCGCAGCCUGCCUCACCUUCAGGAAAGGUUUCGAAAUCCUUUAUCCCUUCCACAUGGAGUACUACCUGAUGGCAGGCUGCAUGAUCUAUGUGAUGUGGAAGAACGUGGGCCGCAGGAUGAGUCCAGGUCACCACCACGUUACUCAGAAGCUGACCCUUAGUAUUGUCUACCAAGGUGGGAUCGUUUACAGCCUUGUGUUUGGUGCCCUGGUCCUCAUAGCAGGAGUGAUCGUCUUCAUUCUCUACCAGGUGUGGGUGAGCCAUCAGCAGCUUCGCUUCACCGCCUUCCUCGUGUUUUACGGCUACCAUUUAGCCGUCAUGCCCGUCAUGUCUCUCUGCUCCCUCGCUGGGAUGCUGGUCCACAGGGUGGAGAGGAGGGCGAACGAAGGGGGACACAACCCUACUCGUAGCCUGGAUGUGAUCCUCCUGGUUGCAGCAGGCCUGGGCCAGCUCGCCCUGUCCUACUUCUCCCUGGUGGCGGCCCUGGCUGUGGGGACCCGCAGUGCUCUGGGGGACCUCGACCUGUCCUACUCCCUCCUCAGCCUGCUGGAGCUCAUCCUCCAGAAUAUCUUCAUCAUCGAGGGCCUCCACAGGCACCCGAAUCUCCUCGCCAAAAAGAAAGAGAAGCAGCGGAGCAGCAUAUUCAAGCCUAAGAAAAAGGCUGCUGUGCCAAUAGAGGAGAGGAAGACGGAUAUUUCCCUGCUGGAGGGAAACACGUCAGCUGCUGUUCAAGAGCGCGAUGGGGAAACGCCCUGGACCAAAAGAGCGAUCAAAGAAAUCUGUGCUUUCCUUAUCCUUUCUAAUGUUAUGCUGUGGGUCAUCCCUGCGUUUGGAGUCCACCCCCAGUUUGAGAACGGCCUGGGGAAACAGUUUUUCGGCUUCUCUGCUUGGUUUGUUCUGGUAAACCUGGGUCAGCCGCUCAGCGUUUUCUACAGGAUGCACUCUGUGGGAGCUUUAAUGGAGCUGCUCGUCUCUGCGUGAUGAGCAGCGGUGGUCCAACACUGACUCCAUGACUGUUCAAGUAGAUCAAAGUCACGUUUGGUUGAAAAACAACAUGAUACACAUUUAUAAAUUAUUUGGUUUAAUUUUUUUGUUUUUUGGUCUGAGGCUGUUUUUCAUGGUUUGGGCCCUUCAGUUCCGAUUAAAGGAAAUCUUAAAUUGUACAGCAUCUGCUUACUUGGCAACAGUUUGUUUUUGUCUCUUUCCUGUUUCAACAUGACAAUGCCCCCGUGCACAAAGCAGCUCCAUAAAGAAAUAAAGAAAUAGUUUUCCCAGUUGCAAAAUGUAAAAUUUCAAUAUGUUCAGCAGGCAUGGCAGCAGCCCUACGACUGAAAGGAUAAUGAAAAAUUAAAGCUGAAUUUGCAAAAAGAAGUGACUCCUUUUUUUUUUUUUUUUUAGGUGGUAAAUGAUUCCCUUGACCCUCUCAACUCAAAGGUACACUUACUAGUUUUCUCUGGAGCUUUCUGCCACACCUCAUGAUCUUCAUUAGUGAACAGAACAGGCUCUGGUGUCAUCACAUGACCUAUGGGUACUUAAAGGGGGUCUCUCAAAUUGUUAAAAUUACUGCCCCAACUUUCUCUUAAAUUGCCAGAUUAAAAGACACGCCACUUAAGUCAAACCUUCAAAAUGUGAUUAAAACUUUGAAUCAAUAAUGUGAGAGCAGACUGAUGAGGGAUAUUAAUAUGAAAGGUUUAAGGGUUUCUGUUCUGUUUCCUAUUGAAUGCAAAAAAAAAUGACCUUGCACUCCAACAUUUGGCCUGCAGAGAGCCCUGACCCCAUCCAACACCUCUGGGAUGAACUGGAGCACUGGCAGCCCAUGGCUUUGGAGUGACACUUUAAAUAAUGUAUGGGUGUGGUGUUCAGGUGUCCACAUACCUUUGGCCAUAUAGUGUGUUUCAGGAAAAUGCUUUACAUGAAAUAACUUCCUCUGAGCUCAAACCGAUCUCAUCAGUUUUUAAUUCUGGCAGGAUAUAACACAUCGUAUUCACAUCUCGGAGUGCUUCUCUUGCUGUUUCAGCAACAGAAAACGUUUUUCUGUCUGGAAAUCACAGAAAAGACUUCCCUGUCUGGGUUUCAGUCCCGAAUCACGACAUAUUAAGUUCGCUUUCAGCACAAUGUGAAAGGCUUCAGUACAAAAGUAUCCUUCAGUCUAGAGUAUGCUGUCAGUUUGUCAGUGCCAGUAGUUCAUAUUUGGCAAGGAGUUUAAAAGA